AUGAGGCGGCAUGGGUGGCAGCUCCCGUACCACCCUCUCCAGGUGGUGGCCGUGUCCGUCUUCUUGGCGCUGGCGUUCGCAUUCUACGUGUUCUUCGCGCCCUUCGUUGGGAGGAAGGUGUUCCAGUACGUCGUCAUGGGGCUCUACACUCCGCUGGUUUUAUGUGUCUUCUUUCUAUACAUCUGGUGUGCUGCAGCAAACCCAGCUGAUCCAGGGGUCUUCAAAUCAAAAAAGUAUCUGAGCUUGUACGGAAGCGGCAAACACAGGCAUCUGAAGGAAUCCAGAAAGGGUUCUUCAGACGCUCAGUUACAACUAGAGGGAACUGGAGAAAAGCAAGAGCAUGAGGUCGCAGCAUCUAGCGAGAAGUCAAUGACUCAACACAAGGAUAAGAAUUCAUCUUGCUUGAGUUCAACCUUCUCUGCAUUUCUCCUUCUAUUCUACCCUCUCUCUUUUGUUUUCUCCUGCUGCCAAUCACAUGAAUGGUCCUCUGAGCAGCAAGCCAGUGAGGAAGGAAUGUUUUUCUGCAGCCUAUGUGAAGUUCAGGUGUUGAAGUAUAGUAAGCAUUGCAGAGUUUGUGACAAAUGUGUUGAUGGUUUUGAUCAUCACUGCAGGUGGCUCAACAAUUGUAUUGGAAGAAGAAACUAUAGGAGGUUUUUUAUUCUAAUGUCAACUGCCCUUAUCUUGCUUAUCCUACAAUCAGCAAUUGGAGUAUUGGUGCUAGUGCUAUGCUUUGUUCAGCGAAAGGAAUUCGCUAUGCAAAUUGUUUCAAAGCUUGGAAGCAGCUUCUCUGUAGUGCCUUUUGUUAUUGUGGUGGCAUCAUGUACCAUCCUAGCCAUGGUCGCUUCACUGCCUAUUGCCCAACUUCUUUUUUUCCACAUUCUUCUGAUCAAGAAGGGAAUCAGUACCUAUGACUACAUCAUUGCCCUGAGAGAGCAAGAACAAGAUGAUUUGAGUGGGCAGCAGAGUCCACAGAUGUCUCGUGUAAGCUCAUACACUGGACUCAGCAGUACUAGUUCCUUUGGUCCACUUCGUCGUGGUUCAUGGUGCACUCCGCCAAGGCUUUUUCUUGAGGAUCAGUUUGAUGUUAUUCCAUCGGAGGCUGCUUCUUCGCAUAAUUCUUCUAUGAAGAGAAAAGAAGAUGAGGGAAAGAGGAAGAAGGGCUCAGGGGCUGUGAAAAUAAGCCCAUGGGCAUUAGCUCGUCUUAAUGCUGAAGAAGUUUCGAGGGUUGCUGCAGAGGCACGGAAGAAGUCCAAAGUUUUAGUACCAAUCAGAAAAGAUGACUAUUCACGAGGCCACGAAACAGAUAGUAGCUACGGAGGCAUGAGCAGUGGUAGGAUUGAUCUAGGCCCCGAUAGCAAGAGGAGAACAAACAGAAGAGGAAGACAGCCCAGUGAUCUAUCCCUCAAACCUGUUGCAAAGAUAUCAACAGAUGCUAUUGAUUCUACCAGCAGCGACAUGGCCCCUGAAACGAUGUCCAAUUUAGCUCCAUUGCAACUUGAGGCACGGAGCGCCUUCCAUCCCAGUAGGGCUGCAUCCUCUGUGAAUGUUGGUGGGUCAUCUCCAGAUAGCAGCUUGGAUUCACCUGACCUGCAUCUGUACCGAGUCUCAGCUGUCUCCUCGUCUGGAGCAGAAGACUUGCAACUGACAGCUCUCACUGCUCCAGGAAGCACUCCACAGCAAGGGAUUCAACUGUCGAGAUCGACCAGCGAUGGGUAUGAAGCAUCAGGGGGUGAAGACAGCGACCGCAUUCCGUCACGGAUAGUGCACCGCUCGUCAAACUGGGCAAGCAUCAUCCUCAACUCCGACCAGAGUGCGUCUUCAUCUGGCAUUCUUGUGCCAAAGAACAGAUUGUCCUGA